AUGUUCAUCUUAAUUGUCAAGUAUAAAAGUUUCCGCAAAAUAAACGAAGAAAAAAUUGCUAUGCUGAUUUUCAGAACGAAUGUCGCAAGGCGAGCUUCCAAUCGCGCCUCCGCGACGCGGCCGAGGCGACCGCAAAAUCAAAAAAGAGCAAAUUUCUGCGCCCUACGACUUUAGGUGCCCUCAGAGCCGAAUGAAAUGCUAAUCUACACUAUUCAGACACAUUGCACACAUCUCAUUGGACGAUGGUCAGAAUAUUGUGGGCAUAUCUCCAGUUCCACUCCGUGCCGACCAAUCUGACAAGUUGUGUCCUAUGUAGUUGUAUCUUUUUUUCCCUAAUGUGGUAAAUGUUUUCCUAACUCUCUAUAAUUCAAAGUAUUUUUACUGAUCCGUGGUCUCUUCUAUAGCUGAUUCACGGCCAGCUUGGGGCGCCAAGGGGGCGAGUACUGUCUGCGCUCUCCACGUGCUAGGCGCUAUCUCGUGCAUUAUCUUGUCAGGGCCCUUUUUUUGAUGGCUAAAGCCAGCCGUUAAUCAGCUAUAUCAUCAAUGUCCUCAGACCAUGUCCUGUUUUGAGACCAGUGCAAAAAGCAGAGACGAACAUUUUUUUCGAGUUUUGAUAAAGCCGAAUGAAGAAAAAUUUCAUGCAGAAAAAUCAUUUGUGUACAAAACAUAUAAAUGAUCAAGAAAUGUGUACAAGUAGAAGAGCGUCUUUAUGAAAAUAAAAUCGCCUCCUAUGAGAAAUGUGUUAUAGUCUAUACGAAAGGCCGACAUCCAGUCAGAACGGAACAAUUACUUCAUCUACGACAAAAGUUUGUUUGAGAAUAUGAAAGAUACCUUUUAUCCUUUUCAGAAAACAGAAAUGAACCAACUCGACGUUUUAAUCCCUGUUGUGAGUUGAAAGUUUUUUGUCUCAACUUGCUUUUUCGAUAAUUCGUAUCAAAAAAUGAGAGUUUUUCUUAGGUCACGCCUUCCGAUGCGAAUGUUGAGCGAAGCUAUGAAAACCGUCCUUCCCAACAUUCGUACGAGAACAUUGGCGUCAAAGUAGCACAACUCGAGCCCAAGUACAAACUUUGAUUUCUCGAUCCCAUUUCCUUUAGAGGAAAAACUGUCUUGCAGAGAACCGCUGCAGGAGCAGAAGGGCGGCCGCAACGUCAAGAGACCGAGUCCAAAAAAACACGCAGCACCGCCGCCUCCGCCACAGUAAUCCCUCUUGAGCUCCCUUUGAUCGCCGAAACCGCGUUUCUAAGAUGAAAAUAAUUUGCAGAGAAUCAAAGCCUCGAAAUUCUGUCGGCCAUGAAAACAUUUCUUCCACACCAGUGUUUUUUCGGUGAGACUCGGGGAUUUGAAGGCUCAUUUCAGAAAAUGAAGCUUGAAUCAUUGAGAUCAAAAACUUGCGAGAAGUGUCCACAUAAUACAUAUUCAGCUGAGAUUUUCAACAUAACUUUUUAUCUUGAAAACUGUUAAUGAUUAACUUUGAGGCCGCAAGACGAAAAUCCCUCCCUCGCUGACCAACAUGAAGCUUGUGUAUUUUAUUGAAUUUUCGAAAUUUUAUUACUUUCGAUUAAAAAAAACCUUUUUGCAAAGCGCUCUGGGACUUGUUGGACAACUAAGCCAAGCAAAAAUAAUCGUAUUCCAAUAGUUAAAAAUAUAGCUGAAAAAAAAUAUAUACAAUCAAUCCGUCCCGACUUGAAAGGCGAGGGAGGCGGAGAAAUUCUUGGCACGAGUUCAAUUCAACCGCCAGCGACUAUUUGGAGAGCUCGUUUAUCGCUCUUUUUGUAUCCAUUCUACAAUCUUCAAUGCACACAUGAAAAAAUGACUAAAUUAACAUCUUCUGCAUUUUUGCGUACGAAUAUGUUUCUCUCAUUCUUCUCACAUCGGGCAUUGAUUGAACAUGAGAGUUUGGCGUUUUUCCUAGGUCAACGUCAAACCUCGACUCUGCAGAGGCCGUCGUGGCGCCAAAGAUUUCUACACCAACUCGAAUCGACGCUCCCAGAGCCAGCUCUUUCGUGAGUUUAAUCCAACGAUAUCCAAGGAGGGGAGGAGAACAGCAGGUGGUAGAGCGGCCAGACGCGCUCGGGACCAUGCGUUUGGGCCUCGACGACCCGUUUCCGGUCCAGAGCACCUUCUCUUCGCCUCUGUUUUUGUCCACAACGGAGACACCUAUACUUGCCACCGCUUCUCCUGACCUCGUGAGUUCGAGCCAAGGCUGCUGAAAUGAAGUCGUUCUGCAGAAUUACAUGUUGCCUUCUCCACGGAGUGUGAGUGCCCAAGGCGUCGAAGUUAGUCACAAAAAACAGAAAUAGUGUUCAAAGUUUUGCAGAUAUUAGACGAUCUCGACAUUUGGCUUGACUCAAUGAGCGAUCACGACAGAGACAGGCAAUUUUUAUUCAAAUAUUGAUAACUUGAUGUUAUUUUUGGACAUGCUCCAAGUUUGUUGACCCCGCUUGAUUAUUUAUAAUUUUUUGUUAUUAAAUAGACUCCUUUGCAGAAUCAGCCAAAUUUGUCUAGAGGAAACGGGUUUCGCACGACCGAAAGACAAAAAAUUUAUCCGAGAGCUUAUAUCACGGUAAUCUUUUCUUCACAGAAGAAAAGUUUGCAAUCCUUCUGCAGAUUUGACAGCGAAAAAGCGACGUCACCUGAGGAAACUAAGCCAAUCGCCCCACGGAAAAAAAGUACGACUUUAUCUCAAGAAAACGGUUUAAGAUGAGAGCUCCCUUUCAUAAAAAUUAAAUCUCUUAAACAUUUUUUUCAAAAUUGUUCAAAAAGUAUCUGUCCAACGGUUCAGUUGGAAGUUUGAAUAGAAAUUGGAAAAAAAGGAUUUUGAAAAACUUUGGUUGAACUUAGAAACUGAGAGAAUUUAAACAGUUUAGUCAUUAGGUUUUUUUUCAGGCUCCCGCUGUUCCGAAACCAAUCGAGGCGAGACAGAGUCAUUAUGAGAGUUUGCGGUGCAUCACGGCCGACAAGGAAGAGUUUGAAGCUCUGAACGUCGAGUCGAAACACGCUGAAACACCGCCGGCUGAGGAAGCUCCCGUCUAUCAGAAUCAGAAGCCGAAAGAGAAACUGAGCGGCAGCUGUAAAGUACUGCAGAAGCAGAAGGAACUCGAAAAGGUCUCGCUGACGCCAGUCCCGAGGCCGAGGACCUCUGUGGUCGGUUGCUGCAUCUGAUUGCUUCUGAUGAGAUUUACGGUCUAGGGUCCACUAUCUCCAGUCUCGGUCGGCGGAUCAAGUCCAGCCGGUUCGAAGAAAACCUACCACGCUGAAAAGGUUUUAGUGGCAGCUAAAGUUAUCUUUAAUUGAAGUAUGAUUCUCAGAAAUAUUCAGACAAGGUGUUGGGAAGCUGUGUGGAAGGCGUUUGAUCACCUGCUGGAAAGCUUCCAAACGCUUUCCAAAGGACAGAAAUAUCCCCAACAUGUUGCAGUAUUUUUCUGAGAAUUCAACUGCAAAAGAAAGCUUGGAACAUUGCAUGAUGGGUUAUAAUAAGAUGUUCUUUUUAUUAGCCGCCGACCGAGAUAAAGCGUCUAUCUUCGUUGGCAGAGCUACCAACUCCCUGCGAAGAAGAUUCUGACCUCGAUGAGAAGAAUAUCCAAAAGGUAAUCGAUCCCUAAACUUCGUAGCAAACGAAAGCGUUCAGGAAACUAGCGAGGAAUUCGUCUACAGGUUUUGA